ACCGUUGACCCAUCACUGUGGGAGCAUCCCAGUAUCGGGGUUCGACUUGGAAUAUACAAUAUGAAUUUGGUUUUAAUAACCGCUCUUAUAGCGGUGUGUAGCGCUGACAAACUUGACCGCACCUAUCUUCCACCAGCUUCAGCAAAAACCGCAGGCGGUAGCCAUGAUACCCUGCAGACGCCCUUGGAGAAUUCCUUCAAUCAAGGCCUGGGUGGCCUACCUAAAGGGAGCUUCACUAACGACUUCCAAGGCGUAGUUGUUGACGCUGUGAGCCCCGGCACCAGGGCAUCAGGAGAAGGUGAAACAGGCCUUGGUGCACCCAGAAUAGCAUACGGCUCGACAAACUCUAAAGUAGGAGAAGCUGCGUUCAGUUCUCCAGUGGGAUUCCGCCAAUUUGAUCAAUCUGGAUUCUCCGCUGAUGGCCAGACUGCCGACACGAAUGUGUCUCCUCAAGGCUUCGACCAAGGACUUCGAGGGUCUCAAGGGUUUGAGAGUAAACCAGAGAGGUCCCAAGCUGCACGUGAUCGUACAGCCAGCAUCCUGAGGUACGAGAGUGACAUCGGAACGGAUGCCUACAAUUAUGCCUUCGAAACUGACAAUGGUAUUUCGGCUGAAGAAAGUGGCGUGGCUACUAAUGGUGUGCAAGCCCAUGGAGGGUACUCCUAUACUGGUGAUGACGGACAAGUGUACAGCGUGACGUAUACCGCUGAUGAAGGAGGAUACCAGCCGAGAGGUGAUCAUCUUCCCACACCGCCUCCUAUCCCCGAGGAGAUACUUAAGUCUUUGGAGCAGAACGCCAGGGACGAAGCAGCCGGGCUGAUCGAUGAUGGCUCGUACGACGCUCAGAAAUACAAUGCUGGAGGCGAUUACACAGACGCGGGUAAUGGAGAACACAAUGCUAGACAACCAUCUCGGUUUGGAGCUCGACCUGAAUCUGAUGCGACCGCAAGUGGCACGUUCAUUAAUCAGAACAAUCAGCCAAUUGGUACACCGACUUCUAAUAAUUUACCUGGACAAGAUAAUCGUGAAUCGACCAAUGUACCUUCAACAUUCGGAUCUUUUAAUACAAUAAAUGGAUUUAACCAAAACAGACCGACAGGAGCUGGGUCUGCAAAUGAAUUUGUCAACUCAUUCCAACAAAAUUCUAGGCCAGCUCAGGAUGGUAAAACUCAAGAAUUUAAUGGCGCUUUUGAACCAAAUAAACAAUCGUUAGUUUCUACCCAAGAAAACAAUUUAGAUACUCAAUCUUCUGGAACCUUCCUAAAUGGCGAUUCUAAUCAAAGCAAUGCUCAAGGAACUCCAACAUUUGCAAGACCAAGUAUAAACAGGCCGGGAGCUAAUACACAAAGUUCAUUCAAUGGACGACCAACUACUGGCAACGUUUUUAGUCAAUCUGCAAAUAAUGUAAAUAAUUUUAAAACCCAGUCUAGCAACUCUAAUAAUGGUUUUGGUACCAAUAAUGAAUAUUUACCCCCCUCAAAUGUUCAUCAAAAUAGAAGACCUUCCCAGAAUUCAUUCCAAGCGCCCUUACAAAGCAAUGGUCGUCCUCAAAUUUCAAGUACUUCUGCAACAGCUUUUGUCUCAGGAUCUCAGAAUAAUGCGGAUAAUUCUCAAGAUAUCGAAUCUUCGCAAGAUAACCAGUUCCAAUUUUCUAACCGAGUAACGCCUAAUAGAUUUUCUUCUACUUCUAAAUUGCCACAAUCUCAAACAGACCUUACUUCUAGGCCCGCAUUUAAUAGACCUAACACAAAAUUAAGCCAGCCUAGUGCCAUAUUUUCCGAACAGUCGCAACAACCAACUUCUCAACCACAAACAGAAUUGACUACUCCCUUUGAAUCAACACCUAAUGUACAGAACAAUAAUGCUGAUCAGCAGAUACAGAAUUUUAAUCAUUAUAGUUCUCAAUCUACUAACGGUCGUCCAACACAGUCGCACUUUGAAAAUCCUUCAAAUACAAAUGGAGUAUUUCCAGUACAAUCUCCUACCGUAUCAUCUGCCUCUGCUUUUGCAUCAACUUCAACCCCUCAACGUCCAAACUUUGAUUCUAACUCGAGACCGAUUUCUAAAUUAAGUGCUGGUCAAUCUUCACAGUUUUCAAACCAAAAUCCUCAAAUUCAACAAGAUAGUUUCACACAAAAUCAAAUAACCGAUGUACAGUUUUCAUCUAGCACACAAAGACCUACUUUCAGCCAAACGACUAUCCAAGCUCAGGGCCCUGAUAAUUCAUAUUAUUAUAAUCAACCAUCGAAGACUUUUAACACUCCAAUUUCACAAAGCGAAGGUUCAAGAUUUCCGGGUCAAAGUCAAUUUAAUAAACCAAAGCAGCGUCCAACUUUAAAUACUCCUCAGCAAAAUUUCCCAGUUAAUUCUUUCCAAAGACAAAAUGAAUAUAACCGUGGAUCGUCUAGAUAUCCUAGCCCACCAACUUUAGCGCCUAUUGCACCUACAUUGCCACCACAAGGUAAUGCUUUUCCGUCAUUCAAUGGUAUAACUCAGGCAUCUGCAUCAUCAUUUUCUUCUAGAGCACCCACUGCUUCAACUCAGUUCGAUAGACAGACUACUCAGUCUGGUUUUAGCCAAAGGCCAACGCAACAGCCAUUUAGUCAGUUUAGUAAUGCACCACAUAUUCCUGGACAAAAAUUUUUUGCUAGACCAACAACAGUUCCACAAUCAUUUAAAGAUGUUUCUAGUAGUCCAUUUGGACAGCAGUCUACUUCUUUUCAAAAUCAACAGUCUCAGUUUGGUCAAAGGCCAUCAGCAAAUGUAAAUCGACCUGAAGCGCCCAAAGAUGAUUCUUCUCAAACAAUAUCGAGUCAACAGUAUGAUGGAGAAAUAUAUGAAUACAGGAAGCCUGCUGCAACUUUACCAGCUCCUACGAAUACGGAGAAUUCAGAAUCUGAACAAUCUAGUCAAAGACCUAAUCCAAGUUCAUCGUCAUCCAGACCGCAAUUUGGGCGGCCACAAGGUGAACAAAACUCCAAUGAUUUUACAAAGUCACAGCCAAAUCAAGAAAUAUCACAGUUUGGUGUACAACAAUCCAGGCCUCAAUUUGUUAAAAAUGCACAACAGAGUCAAUUUAAUAAUCAAAUUCAACCCUCUAGACCUGAAUUUGGAAGUCAGUCUGUCAGACCUUUUGACGAUAUACGACCUACAAUGGAUAACCAAUUUGCUCAAAGUACAGAUGGUCCCAAAAUUCAGACGAAUUCGGAACGAAAUCAGUUUAAUACUGCAAAUUUCCCAGGUAGUUCCCAAGACACAAGGCCCCAAUUUGGACUUGGACAAACACCAAGACCUAUUGGAAAUAUUGGCCAGGGUUUUAAUAAUCAACAAACUUCCACAGAUCAAUUCAAUAAACCCUGUUGUACAUCAGGUAACUCGAGAGUUCAACCUACACAAAGUUCUCAGUUUAGCACUACCCAAGGAUUCGGAACUCAAGAUUCCGGUUUCACUGCUCAAAGUUUCCAACCUGGUCAGAGCUCCACACAGAGUUUUGCCGGUAAAGGUGAAGUCUUUGGUGGGCCCAGGAAACCUCCUAGCUUUGACCAACAAACUGGAUAUCAUUAUUAAGUGUGUAGUGCCAUUAGGUGUUAGAUAUAGACUUUCAAGAACAGUUUUGUGGUAAAGUACUAUAAUUAUAAAGUGCCUUAAUUAAGUAUUCAUAAUGGAUAUAUUAUAUAUAUCAUAAAAUUAAUACAAUAAACGAUUUAAUAAAAUCUUACUUCAACUAGUCCUACGACAGGGGUUUGAUUUCCAUUAGAGGUUUCUUUAUCAAUUUAUAUUCUCCGAAGAGGUUCUAGUUUGUAAGUUUUCAAUGUAAGUAAUACAUUAAAUAUAUUAUGUAUUUAUUUAUAAUCUGUAAAACGUUUGAACAUAUUAUGAUUAAAAAAUGUACUUAUAUGGAAAUGUGUAAAAAUAUAGCGUUCUAAUAAAUUAUUGUGUAAAUACAAUUUAUUUUUUUUUUUUAUUGAAUUUUUUAUUUUAUUUUUUCUAAUAUUUUUUCUCUCGCUUGUUUUUAACUUUAACAUUAAGAUAAUUCUUUGUACAGUGCACGUUAUUUCACUGCAGUUCAAAAAAGGUUUAAAUAUUUAUAUAUGUUAUAUAUUUUAUUUAAUGCAAUAGUAUAUAGAACUAACAUUUUAUUUGUCUGUAAGAAACUAUUGCAUAAAAAUAAGGUAGAUAUAUUAUUAUCCAUUCGAAAUUCAUAUAAUCCAUCCAUUAGUCAUUCUAUAUUCAAAUCCUAUUUAAUUAUAAGUUUCUCCAUGAAUAAAUUUACAAUUUUGUGUUCAGUUUGAAUUGUUACAAAUGAAACGAGCAAACAAAUUACUGGAUCUGUGUAAUCGCUAUCAUCACGAAAUGCUUUGAAAAUUUUCGAUUUAUACGUACGCAAUAAAAGUCAAGGGCGAACAAGAGUUAUAUAAAUCUAUAAAAAUAAAUUUACAUCGAUUGUAAUGGUACGAGGAACAAAUAGUGAUAAAGUUUGAAUUACAUAUAUUAGAUGCUAUUCAUUUAUUUUUGAUGAAUAUUGCAAUGAAGGU